AUGGCAUUCUCUUUCGGCUUCUCAGGCGAUGAUAUAGAUGGCGUGAGCGAUACGCCCGCGCCACCGCCUCCGUCAAAACCGAGCGCCUUCCCCGUGGCCGGAAGACCACAACUUCCACCAACCCAUCAUGACCUUCCGGCCUUGCUCUCAACCUUACCUUCCAAGAUUGCUUUUAGUAACUUGAAUGUCAGUCUUGAUGAUGGAAGCUCGAUGCAAAUUCCCCGUCGAGAGCUCUGGGAUGUGAGGAUCCAGCUGAUGGCUGAGGAUGAGGGUCAGGCAGAGGGCAUGGAAGGGCUGGGAAGCCACGAUGUAAAGACGGGCGUUUAUGAGGGCGGCUUCAAGAGUUGGGAGAGCAGUCUUGAUCUAGUCAAGGUACUGGCAUCGGGAAACUACUUUUCCAAUGACGACGACGCGCCUGUGCGCAUAAUCGAGCUUGGUUGCGGUACCGCCCUACCCUCACUGGCAAUGUUCCAAUGGUCCCACGCAUCUACAUCGGAGUCCCCGAGACGGAUCUCCUUUGUGAUAGCUGACUACAAUCCUACCGUUCUCCAGCUCGUCACGCUGCCCAACUUCGUCCUCAGCUGGGCCCUCACACAGCAAGCCACCAUGCCGGCUCUGCAGGACGCAUUCGCCGAGGACGGAGAGCUCGAACUCUCGCGGGAAGUCAUUGACGCGUUCCAAGAAUUUCUCACAUCUCGUGGUAUCAGCUUGUCCUUCCUGUCAGGAGGCUGGUCCGAGCAGUUUGUCGACCUUGUCUACGGGCAUGCUCCACAGAAGGAUGCGUCAUCUGCCCUUAUCCUUGGAGCAGAGACGAUUUAUUCUCCAUCAGCAUUGCAAGCCUUUGCGGAGACCACGCUAUCUCUCCUUGAACGCGAGCGGGCUGCUGGUACUGCAAAGGCAGUGGCCCUGGUGGGUGCCAAGCAGCAUUACUUUGGCGUCGGAGGGUCACUCGAGGACUUUGUGAUCGAUGUCCAGGGAAGAGGAGCUAUAGUGGAAAAAUUGAGAGAAGAGACAGCCGGAGUUAGGCGUGGGGUUGUCAGCUGCACACUCCGAAAUGAUUUUUAA